AUGGCUAAGAAGAAGAAGUCGAAUGCUACCAAUGCAGCUAGAUUACUAGAAUCGUCUGUUUCACCUAUAGUCGAGCUUAAAUAUCCCGAACCGUUAUUUACAAUUGCUGCUCAUCCAACCAAACCAAUUUUAUUAUCAGGAUUGGCUACUGGACAUAUCUAUUGUAGCACAUACGAUGCUGAUAUAUUAGAAGAAGCUCAAAGUACUAAACGUGAAAGGCUUUCAUUAUUAGAGAAAGAAGCAUUUAAGACAGGUAAAAUAGCUCAUAUAAACAGAUCUGUGUCGCAACUGAAACAGAAGUGGUGGACAGUCAUAGAAGAUAAUACCGACAUUCCGGAUGGUUCAAAUAUUGUAAAUAACUGGAAAACUAAAAGACAUAAAGGGUCUUGUCGGUCAGCUAUUUUUGAUCCUCUUGAAAAUUCAUUAGGUGAAAAUAUCUAUUCAGUAGGCACGGACCAUAUAAUCAAAAAGGCGAACACUGAAACAGGGAAGGUGUUGUCUAAGGCUACCAUAUCAGAACACUAUUCUGACAAGAACGAUGCGAUAACUAAGCUUGUACAUUCUACAUCCCAUCCUUUUUUGUUGUCGGGCACUGAAAAUGGUGAUGUCUUAGUUUAUGACAGUAACAAUAUGGCUUCAAAUCAAUUGAAAUUCAACGUCUCAAAAGCGCAUGAUGAUUCCAUAAACCAUAUUUUACCAAUUCCAGCAGUUUCAGCUUAUCACUAUUUAACGCUUGGUUCUACUACUUUAUCACAUAUUGAUAUUCGUAAAGGUAUUAUAACCCAAUCAGAUGAUCAAGAGGAUGAAUUACUCUCGAUGUGCUUUGCUUCCGAUCAUGUUAAUGAUAAUAAGAAUGACACUGUUUUAGUGUCACAUGGAGAAGGUAUUGUCACUAUUUGGAAGAAUUCAAAGAACAGACUCAUGGAUCAAUUAUCUCGUAUUAAAGUCAACAAGGACGCUUCAAUUGAUGCCAUUAUUCCUACCAUGAAUUGUGACGACGGAGAAAUGGUGGACUCUGUAUGGUGUGGGGAUAGUGAAGGUUUGUUACAUAGGAUUAACUAUAAGAAGGGAAAAGUUGUUGAAACAAGGGUACAUUCAUCUGCUGCUGGAAAACAUGGCCCAGCUGACGAAGUUGGUAUAUUGGAUAUUGAUUACGAUUAUAGACUCAUUAGUGCCGGUAUGGAUAGUUUAAAGAUAUGGUCCAACCAAGAAGAAAUCUUGAACAGCGAUAGUGAUGAUAGUGACAGCGAUAUCGCCAGUGCUGAUAGUGAUAGCGACGACAGCGACGUCGAUAAUAUCACAAAUAUUGAAGACGAGGUAAAUGAUUUUUCUCCCGAUUCUGAUAGUGAAAAUGGAAACGAUGUCCUGGACGAAAAGUUGGAUGUAGCAGAUUCUGAUUCAAAUGAAGACCAAUUUGAAGACGUCAGUGGUGAAGAACUGCAAUUGUCUGAUACUGAACAACCAACUAAAUCUUUACAAAUAAUUCGUAAGAAGAGAUUUAAUGUUCCAGAAAUAUCUAACAAGACUAAUAUAAAUAAAAAGGUCGUUGAUAUUAACAAAUUAACUAAAGAACAAUCGAUCAAAAAUGCCGAUGAAGAAUCUGAAGAACCUGAAGAACCUAAUAAAAAGAAGCAAAAAUUAAAAGCGAAGCAGAUGUCAACUAAACAAAUCAGAAACAUGCAAAAGCAUGAACAUGGUAUACGUAGAUUUGAUGAUUUAUAG